AGCUAUACUCAGAGAAGCAUCUUGCUGAGCUCACUGCCCAGCACUGGGAACCGGCCUGUCUCCUAAGAACUGCUCCUCCUCGGGCUGCCAGAGCAGGCUUCCAUGCUACUGUGGGCAUCCUUGCUGUUCCUUGCUCCAGUCAGUGGACAACUUGCAACUGCACCCAAACCCACGAUUUCUCUCCAUCCUCCAUGGACCACCGUCUUCAAAGGAGAGACUGUGAAUCUGACUUGCGAUGGAUUUCACUUCUAUGCACCAGAGAAAAUAAAAUGGUAUCGUCACUUCCUUGGAAGAGAAACACAAAUCGAAACCCUAGGAAACACCUUUCAGGUCCAUUCUUCUGGAGACUACAGAUGCCAGGCCGAGGGCUCACAGCUAAGUAACCCUGUGCGCUUGCAUUUUUCUUCAGACCCUCUCAUCCUUCAAGCCCCGGAUGCUGUGUUUGAAGGUGAUAUGUUUGUUCUGAGAUGCAAGAAAAGGGGGAAAGAGAAACUGAUUGCUGUGAAGUACACUUACAAUGGAAAAGUUAUUUCUAAUUCUAAUAAAACCUUGGAUCUUCUGAUACCACAAGCAAGUUCAAAUAAUGGUGGCUAUUACCAGUGCAUUGGAUCUGUGGAAGGAAAUUAUAUGUUUAGAUCAAGUACAAAAGUUAUUAAAAUUCAAGAACUAUUUCCACGUCCAAAGCUGACAGUCACAGCCUCCCAGCCUACAGAGGGGAAUUCUGUAAACUUGAGCUGUGAAACACAGCUCCCUCUAGAGCGGUCAGACACUCAGCUUCACUUCGUCUUCUUCAGAGACAACGAGGUGAUCCUUUCAGACUGGAGCAGGUCCCCAGAAUUCCAGAUCACAACCAUCUGGAGGGAAGACUCAGGAUCUUAUUGGUGUGGUGCUGAAACAAUGACCCACAGCGUCCACAAACGAAGCCUCCCACUGCAGAUCCAGGUGCAGAGAAUCCCUGUGUCUGGAGUCCUUUUGGAGACCCAGCCCCAAGAGGGCCACGUGGUUGAAGGGGAGACACUGAUCCUUGUCUGCUCCGUGGCUGAAGGCACAGGGGACACCACAUUCUCCUGGCACAGAGAGGACACAAAGGAGAGUCUGGGGAGGAAAAGUCAGCGUUCUCAGAAGGCAGAGCUUAGGAUACCUGUUACCAGCGAGAGCCAUGCUGGGGAAUACUAUUGUACAGCUGACAAUGGCUACGGCCACAUCCGGAGUGAGGUAGUGAACAUCACCGUGAGAAGCCCUCCAGGGAAUAGAAGUGGCCUUAUUGCCGGGGGAGCCACUGGAGUGUCGCUCAGCAUUCUUCUGGCUGCUGCCCUGCUGUUUUGCUGCUGGCACCAGAGGAAAUCAGAGACUCCUCUGAGUCAAAGCCUGAACCUACCAUCUCAUGCUUCAGAGGCCCUGCUCUCCACAGGAGACGGUUUUCUGAAAAACAGAAUCAGGAGUCCUCCCACCCCAGGCUUAAGAGAGUCCGCCCAUCCCACGUGCCCUGCCGCAGUGGAGCUGCAGCAAUUGUACAGCAAUGUGCACCGCAAAGAAGGAGACUUGGUAUAUUCUGAGAUCCAGAUUAUUCAGCAGGGAGAAGAAAAGGAAACCAAUACCUCCAGAACAUCUCUAGAGGACAAGUGUGCCUCCGUUAUCUACUCUGAGGUGAAGAGGCAGCUUUCAGGGGAUUCAGCUGGAAUGGUCCGCUGUAAGGAUGAAGAAGCCAUGGAAAGUUACGAGAAUGUCCCUCAUAAGACUUGUCCCUGAUCCAAAGCCCCCAGCUGAGUGCAGCCCUCAAGGUCUCUGGAGUGGACAACAAGUUCCAGCUUUCCAGUUCUUCUUGCCCAUGUGCACUCACUCCCAGGACUCCUGAUUCAUCUACUCUGAAGUGGUGAUGGGAUGGCUCCUGAAAGACUUCACUAACAUAACCAGGAUCCAUAGUUAAGGGAAGACCCUGUGUACCUGCUCUGAGGCAAACUGACAUGUUCCCCAGGGUCUGAUUUAGGGGAAAAGAAUAAGGAGGGAGAAGGAUUAAUGUUGAAAAACAGAAGUACAAAUUUUGGUGAAUUCGGAUUUAUACAUAGACAGAAGAGAGUGAGUUGACUCAGGUCUCUGUUUAACAUGGUCACAACAAUUCUCCCACUGGGGAAUCAUCUGCACUCAUUGGUUUCACUGUGAGUAGCUGCACAGGUACUUCAUAGACCAUGGAUAGCUCCUCCCCUCCUGCUUACACUGUUCACACUGUCAGGCUUCAGUUCAAACAAAAGAAUGCAUUCCAAAUGGUUUACAGAGAAAGAUAUUUAAAACACGAUAUUAAAUACUUUGUAAAAUCAUCAGAAGAGCUGGAGAAGCAGGCUGUCGGCUGAGUUUCCAAAAGCAAAAACUAAUUAUGUUAACAUUAUUAGGGACAUUUUUUUCUCUUUCUUCUUUUUUUAAAGUUUUUUUGAGGAAGAUUAACCCUAAUCUAACAUCUGCCACCAAUCUUCUUUUUUGCU